CAGGCUUUAUGUGACUCAGUACUGAACAUCUGGGAUUGAUCAUAGGAUCACAAACUGGAAAGCAGUCAUCUGGCUUCUAGAAAUACAACUUUCAGUUCCUGCUCCACAACUUUUUUUUUUUUUUUAAUGAUAAACUGAACUGCAACAGCCAUUUUAAGUCUUCUUAAUAACUGUAGCCUCGUUAUUUUCCACAUUGUGGCAUCUGACAACUAUAUUAAAUUUUAUUUAAUUCUGGAGUGGCAGUGAGGGUUGCACUCUGUACGUAUAUUAAUUCAAUAUUUUUUCCCUUCAAGAUUUAAUUAAACAAUGAUCAUCGUGGGACUUCAUUUUUUGUUAGUCCCAUUCUUCAUCAAAAACAUCAUGGGAGAGGCCCAAUAUAUAAUGCAAGAUGCAGCACUGAUGAACUACAUAGACCAGCGUAUCCUAUCUUUAGAGAACAGACUGAAAAAAUGCAACCAAGACAUACUGGAUUAUGUUGAAGAAUUUCAAGACUUUUCAAAGAUGGUACUGUCACGUCUGUCAGGACUGAACAGUUACAAGACUGAGGUUAAAGAUGAAGUAGAGAAUUUGCUAACAAGAGUUGAACGAGCACAGAGGGACAUUGACUAUUUUGGAUCUGUGAGAGAUUCUAAGAUGUGCGUAGAAGUAGAUGAAGAUCUCGUGAAACAGCAGCUAUUAGAAGAAGCAGAAGAAAAGGAACUUAAAGUCAUGCUUAAUGCAAGUUGUGACCACUUGCUUGCAAGUGUGAAGUCCCUAAAGAUGGUCAAGAAGACUGGAGACAAGCAUGGUUCUUGGAUGAAAGAUCCUGGCAAGAAGCAUACAAAGAUUUAUUUAUUAAAUGGUACUGUGAAUAAUGUUAUUUUUGAAUUUCCAAACAUCAUGACAUUCAUGGAAAGCAAUCAUACACUAAAAGCUCGCAGAGUCAUCCUGCCAUUUCCUUGGGAAGGGACUGGCCACAUUAUUUAUCAGGGUUUCCUAUUCUAUCACAGACACGGCUCCUUAAAUGAAAUAAUUAAAUUCAAUAUCCAGAAGAGAAAUAUAGUUGACCGUAUGCUACUGCCAGGGGCUGGAAGAAUUCCUGCCUAUCAACUUUCUCCAUCUAAAAAAAUAGAUCUUGCUAUUGAUGAGCAAGGGCUCUGGGCAAUCCAUGCAGAACCAGAGAUUGGAGGAAACCUUGUAAUUACCAAAAUCAACCACAUAACCAUGUCAGUGGAACACACUUGGGAUACAACAUGCAGUAGCAAGGAUGCUGAAGCAGCUUUCAUGGCAUGCAACAUACUCUAUGUUGUGUACAACUUUCCUAGUGGAGGCACCUCUCGCAUACAAUGUGCAUAUGAUGUUUUGGGUACUGUAAAUACUUAUGAAAUACCAGUAUUGCAUUUUCCAAAACGUCAGGGUAGCCAUUCCACUAUUCAUUAUGAUCCCAAGGAAAAGCAGCUCCUUGCUUGGAGUGACGGAUCCCAGAUUAUUUAUAAGCUUCAAAACCAGCAAAAAGCUUAGAAUCUUGAGCAACUUUUCAAAUACAUCUAAAAGCUAACAGUCUCAUGUCAAUGUGGAAUUAAUAUAAUUUUGAUGAACAAUAAUGACCAUCUGCUACAACUUUCAUUUUUUACCACAUAAAUUAAUGCUUACACAUGCCAGCGACCUUAAGUUAGCAUCCAUUUAAAAAUAUGUAAAUUAUGUAUCCAUAAAUAAGAAUUAAGUCAUGAAUUAGUACCAUAUGAGUACAUACAAACUAGUCUUAAAAAUUACGGUAAAAAUACAAAUGGGUAUGUAUAUAUACACACUAACAUAUCUCUGACAUGUUCUAUUCCUAUUAAAACUAUGCUUUCUGCUUCAUUGUCAUGGAAAUCCAUUAAGCCCCUCCUACCAAACACACACUAUUUUACUGCCUUCAGUAUCUCAGUUCACUGUAAAAAAGAAAUCUUUGUCAAAAGGACUGUAAAAAUCAUAUGGUACUGGAGGAGCUAUCUAUGAAGAUCUAAUAGCAAAGAUUUAUCAUUUUGCAAAGCAAAGCAGUAUACAUUCUUACAAACACAUGGUUUAUGUUUAACAUAUGAUCUUCCUGCACAUUAUAUCAAGGCUAUUUCUAAAAAUAGAUUUUCUAGCCUAUUUCCACAAAAAUUUCACAAUUUUUAUUGAAUGCAUAGCUGCCCAGGCCACUUUUGGUCUAACAAACACAUUAGUUGCAGUUAGAUAUUCCCACUUAUCAGCUACAAUUUGUCACUUUUCAAUUUUUUUCAGUGUAUCACUGUUUAUUUGUAGGAGGGAACAUUCCUAUAUCUGUUCUGAACCACAUGCUGUUGUUUUACUUAUCAGUAAUUGUUUUCUUUCCACUAUCAGCAUCUAGUUCUGAGGUACUUUUUCAAUAUUCCCAAACAUUUCUAUUGUUCAUAGCUAAGUCUUUCUUAUCCUGUCCUCUGACUUCAGCAAAAUAUCUGUACAGAAAAUGUGGACAAGAUGAGCCCAAGUAGUGCAAGUGAGUGCACAUCACUUGCUCCAUCCUAGCUUUGCUAGGAACUCCACAGAAAUACAGCUUCAUUUGCAAAAAACAAACAAACAAAAAACCAAACAAAAAAAAA